AUGGUGUACAAUUCAGUAGAAACUAUAGACUAGUUGUAAUAACCCCUAUAUCCAAUUAAUGAGCCCAACCAGUUGCACUAUUCAAAGUGUUGUUCUUCAUCACAACAAUUAUUAUUCUAAUAUUAAGUCUCUUCCCUUACCCCUUUUUCACCACUCCAGUCCGGUGGAAAGUAGUCGCUUUGGGUCCUCUGGAAACCUGAGCCAGACCAGCUCCCAGCUUAGUGAGACAGGCCAGGAGAGUGCUGCAGGCUCAGGGCUGGAAGAGUCCUUCCACUCUUACCACAGUACUAGCUUCCGCCCCUCUACCAAUGGCCAGCAACCCACCAACGGACACCUCCCCAGCAAUGGACACUAUGUUUUGGGGCAGGAGGAAUUGCACAGACCCUCCCUGGAUGUGGGGAAGAGCUUAAAUGGCUCUAUGAAGAAAUUGGACCACCCAGUCGAGAAAAGGUCCAAUAAAAUGCUGCAAAGGUGAGUCUUUGGGUUCCAGCAAGUGUCAUACAUUUCAAACACUUAGAUAAGCAUCCACAUUUUCAAGCAGUAAAUAUUACAAGUACAGUAUUAGUGAGUGGUCAUUCUCUCUUUCACCCCACACACCAGUUUCCACGACGAUGGGCCUCCUUUGCCCUUCUCUCCAUCCAGAAUACGCUGGUUGAAGGCCAUUAACAAAGUGAGGGUACAGCUGCAGGAG